ACGUAGUCGUUUUCUAUGAUUCUAUCCGUUCAACCUUUAUAUUGCAUUGUGGGGGUUGUAGACUUACGGUUGACAUUGGUGGAAAAGAAGCGUGGAAUAAGACAGGUUAGAAUUACGUAUACUGCAUUUAAUGAAGUAACCACGUUAAACAUGGGGACAUCAACAUCAAAUCCAGUAGUUUCAGCUGAUGCAUCAGUACAAUCACAGCCACCAUCUCCCCCUGUUGGCUGCCCAAUGCAUGAAGAAAAAAUGAAAGGUUGCCCAUUGAAGAAAGAAUCUGAGAAUGGUGCUUCAGAGAAUUUUCCCGCUCCACCACAUCAAGAAAGAGCUUAUGAUUACGUGAGCUGCCCGAUGCGCGCUAGUAGACAAAUGACCCCUGAAGAUGUUGAUCCCAGUAAUAUGAUGCCUCCUCCUAACCAGAGACCUUCUCCUGAUCAACCAUUUUCCCUAUCUACUGAAAGAGAAGAGUCCAAUAUUCCUAGGGCUGGUUCCAGAAACAACUGGGUUUAUCCAUCUGAGCAGAUGUUUUGGAAUGCAAUGCUCAGGAAAGGAGAAUGUCCUUGUGGACCAGAGCUAAUCCGCUUUGGAGGAAAAGCUAAGGAAUAUUCACCAAGAGCCAGAAUCCGAUCAUGGAUGGGAUAUGAAUUGCCUUUUGAUCGACAUGAUUGGAUAGUAAAUCGCUGUGGAAAGGAAGUACGAUAUGUUAUUGAUUAUUAUGAUGGAGGAGAAGUGGAUCAGCAGACUUAUAAAUUCACCAUUCUGGAUGUCCGGCCAGCAUUUGAUUCAUUAUCUGCUGUCUGGGAUAGAAUGAAGGUUGCUUGGUGGCGCUGGACGUCCUAACCCUUUUUUUCUGAAUUUUUGAGAUUGGGUCUUGUGAAUGUCCGUGUAUACAUUAUAGACUGAUAUGCACCUUAACUUACAAAAUGGUUACACCCAGUGUACCUUGACGUUUAAAAUAUGUGGCAGAGUGUUGCAGCUGUGUUAGUAUUGCUGCUACACAUUGCUUAGCAUACCAGAUUGGUUGUUGUCUGGGGUGCCUUCUUUUUGAAGUCUGCAUGUUCUCCCUCUGUUAUUGUGGUCUUUAUGCUCAGUUGUCUGGUUUCCUUUCACAUUCCCAAUAUGUGCUUGCAGGUUGAUUAGCAAAGCUAAGUUGCCCUAAGGUGAGCACGUCAGUGUGGAUUCAUGAAUGUAUCUGUUCUAGGUUGGAUUGACGUCCCAUCUAGGGUUUGUUUAUUUUACUAAUUUUACAUUUGUAGAACAUGUACAUGAGCUGGUCCUGGGACGCUUUUCGGCUACAACCCAGGAUAUAAUUGUAAGCUGAUUACAGCUUUCCAUUUGAUGCUUGCUCUAAUAGGCUACAGCUCCCUUAUGACACACAUGUGGAUGAAAAUGGGUGCAGGAGAUGGAUAGAUGCGUGCUUCCAGAAUUAGAAGAAAAAAAAAAGUGACAGAAUUUUCUUCAAGCUCAGGAUACCCAAUAGCAUGGUUUUAAAUAUAUGUUGAGUUAUUAGAAAAUUUUUGUAACACUGUGAUGGACUGUUCAUUACUAAUGAUCAUUUUCCUAACAUUUUCUGUUUCAUGUAAUAAUACUUUAGAGUAAAACUCAGUGUGUGUUUAUAAAAUCAGUAUAGACUACACUGUUCUACAAAACAAAAUGUCUUGAUUCUGGACAAACUAAACAGAAUGCAGAAUUUUAUAUUGAAAGCUUUUACCGUAAUAAAAGUCAGCAGGAUAACAAAUGGC